CGCGACAUCAGUGAUUGGAUCAGUAGCAACGAGCGAAGUCGGCAGUCUUCUUGCAGUGUGAGAGGGUCGACCUCGACGUUUGUCCUCAACCUGGCAGUCUCUGUCAACUCGAUUCUCGCAGUCAAUCUCGUGAAAGGUUAUGGAUAGUCCUACUGCGGACGAUGAUGUAUCACCCAUCUCGAGCAAGCGCGCCAGCUCCCGCCGCCAGUUUGCCUUCUACCCCAACAUGAAUUCCUCAAACAAACCGACGAAGCCAUUCAGCCGCAGUGCCGCGAAGCGAGAGAGUGUCAUGGCUCUAGGAAGCAUCGAGCACCUCCAGCACUACUUCACCAAGACGGGUCUCGCAGCGGAAAAGAACCCUGUCGACAAGCCUAACAAUGGCAUGAUACCAGCAAUCGGAGGUCUGAAUGCGAAUACAAGUAGAAAAUGGCCAGAGGGAGUUCCAGAGUUCCAGUUGCCACCGUCCCCUAUCGUUCCGCAGAUCGUGCGGCCCACCAGCUCGCCGUACGUCAAGACAUACGAGAUUGACCACGAGAAUCUGCGACCAUCCAUCAUCGAAGACCUCACUCUGGUAGAGCACGCAUGGUGGCUUAACGGCGUGCUGCAGUCCGACAUGCUCAGUGUCCAGAGCGCGCACACGGACGGCAACAGCGGGCGCGUCGACGUGCUAGACCUUCUACGGACGACAACGCACGCCGUGCGGUCCGUGCGCAAUUACCUCCUCUCCCUGCCAGACGAUGGUCCCACGCCAGUGAAACGCGACUUUCAUUUCCGCCCGCCGAUGAUGACAAUGUCAAGCGCACCCCUCCCGCGCCGGCAGGCCUCGCAGCCAGACUCGAGCGCCGACCCACUGAGCCGGAUCCGGCGGAGCGCGCUCGAGGUGCUGACGGUGCUGCGGAUCGUCGAGGAGGCGUCGCGGCUGCCCCUCUCGGACGACGCGUACGACGCGCAGAGCGACCACGGCGAGUCUACGUCCGGCUCCAGCGGCUCACACGCAGGCUCGGGCUCGGCUUCCGGCUUCGGCUCCGGCCCCGGCAGGAGCGUGUCGCGCGCGACGUCACCCGACUUUCUCGGCGGCGAUGCCGAGACGCCCGUGUCGAUCUCGUACCUGCACGUCCCGCACCGCGACGGGCCCGUCCCCGUAUGGGAGGACGACGACGAUAUCGACCUGAAUGCGAUGACCGAGGAAGAAAAGCGCGAUCGAUGGGAUGAGAGGCUUGUCCUUGGCAGUGGUUGGCUCUACCGCCAAGACGUGAAGCGCGAUGAGCUCACGAAGGAGCGGGAUGUCGUCGCAAGAUAUCUUGACGCGGUGGACGAGACCCUAUUUACUGGGCGGAAGGACGGCAAGCGAGGGUGGGAGCGCGAACGGGAGAAGGAGGAACGGAGAGAGAGGGAGCGUGUAAAGAGCAGGCGAGCAAGUGCGGGAGAUCCUGAGCUUCGAGAGAAGAAGCGGGACAACAGGCGGAUAGUUUCGACAGGCAUGCUGGACGUGUUGAAGGGGCUGACUCUGUCGGACGAGCCCGAGGGCGCCGACCGCUUAUCCGGGGCGGAGAGUGUCGAUGACGAGGAUCUACCAGAAUGGGCUAAGCGUGGCGCGUUCACAGAUGACGACCUCGGAAGACUAUAUGCGCUGCUACAAGCCCUCAUACCCUCUCCCCUACAGCACCUUCUACCUCCUCCACCUGCGGAUCGUGCAUUGCUGUUGAACGCGCUCUCGUCGGGCCAACUGCUCUGCAUCGCAUACAAUACCGGCGUACGUCGCUCGCGCAAGCCAUGGGGUUACGUCAACAAGGACGCGAUCCACGAUAUCGCGGCUCUCGAAGCCCAGUCUGUCGCGGAGCAGGAGCAGGAGAAGACGCGGGGGUGGACGUUCCGACGGACAGACAACCUGCGCCUCUGGGCAGCGGCUCUGAAGCUUCGGUACAGCAUCCCGGUGUGGAUGCCGCCGUCUGCGGCCACGAACAAGCUCUCGCCAGCAGCAACGCCCUUGUCGUCGCCGUUGAGCCCAAUGUUCCGGUUCCCGGCAGUGGAGCCGCCGGUGACGUUCGACGUGCCGCUCAUCGCGCGCAAGGAGCCCGGCUGGGAGGACAUGCUCGAGACGCUCGCGCUGCGGUGGACGCAGGCCGUCGUCGAUGAGAAGCGCGGGAGUGAUGGUUUGCGGGUUUAUGCGUGAUGCAUGGUACCGCGCGAGGUGGAAUGCUGGCGUGUUAGUGAGCCUAUUAUUUGAUUCUAUGCAAAUAGUUCUUGCGUAAUGAUACUGUAGCUAACUUAUGCUAAUGUAAAAGCUCCUUGUCCGACAGGGGUCGUUUCCUUGGAAUAGGCGCGAGAACCCCUACUGCCUGGCAUCUCCAGGUCUGCAUGCUUGCGCCGUCGAUACGCGAGAGCCUACACCUGAUGGCUAGUGUGGGCGAGCUUGACAACAAGGGUACAGCAUACACUGGGCUUCAUGCAGAACGUGUCUACGGCGGUGAUAUCUAAGCUGACUGAUGUCCACUGUACAGGGUAAUGAAUAAUGAGCGGCGGAAGAGGGAGAACAAGGAGAACAGGGAGUUCAGGGGAACAAUGUGGAUUGUUGGAGCGGUCUGGAGUGGGCAGGUGCAACGAAGGGUAGAGAACGGGCUUCACUGACUAUUACGUCUCCAGUUCUGUCCACUAGUCCCAAUGUGACGCUAUCGCCAUCCACUCCAUUGUCCUCUGGAAGCAGCACGGGAGCGGUUGGGCCAGUCAGGUGCGCCUCAACAUUCACGAAGAGACGGGCCACGUCGUAAAAGCCGUGCAGGGCUGCUUCUU